AUGAAUAGAGGAGGAAGAAAUGGAGGACGUGGAGGUAGAGGUGGUGGUCGUGGUGGAAAUAAUGGGGUUAAUGAUGGAGAAGGUGAUGGUGGCAAUCCGGAUAUUGCAAACAUGAUCGCUCAGCAAAUAGCUACCGCUAUUCCUGCUAUUGUUACUCAAAAUAAUAAUAAUGAUGUCGGUGUUGGUAAUGUGAAUGGCAAUAACAACAAUAAUAUUGGAGGAGGUAAUAAUGGGUGCACCUAUAGGGAGUUUCAAUAUUGUAAGCCACCAGAUUUUGAUGGCAAUGGAGGAGCAUUGGCAGCCACUAGAUGGAUAGAGAAAAUGGAAGCUGUUAUGGAUAUUAGCAACUGUGCAGAGAAUCAAAAGGUGAAGUAUGUCGCAGUUUCACUGACUAAUAAAGCAUUGACAUGGUGGACCACUGAGAUACAAGCUAGGGGUAGAGUAGCGGCUGUGGGGAUGACAUGGGAUGAGUUUAAGGAAUUACUGUUGGAAGAAUUCUGUCCGAAAAAUGAAAUGCAGAAGUUGGAAAAUGAAUUUUGGAAUCAUUCCAUGGUAGGAGCUAAACAUGCCGCUUACACUGAUCUGUUUCAUGAGCUUGCCAAACUAGUACGUCAUCUAGUUAGACCUGAAUCAAAGAGGAUCCAGAGGUACAUCUAUGGUCUUGUUCCCCAAAUUCGUGGGCUUGUGUCAGCAACUGAGCCAACCACGAUUCAAAGUGCAAUUCAGAAGGCAGGAUCAUUAACGGAUGAAAUGGUGAGGAAUGGGUCAUUGUCUAAGGUUAAUGAGAAAAGGAAGGAUGCUACUGAGAUAAGUGGGUCAAAGAAUACUGAUGGAAAUAACAGGAAGGCUAAAGUGGCAAAGGGGUUGAUGGCAACUGAUACGACUAAGAAUGGAUAUACGGGUCCUGCUCCAAAGUGUGAAAAAUGUCAUUUCCAUCAUUUCCAAAAUUUACCUUGCCGUUUGUGCACAAAUUGCAACCGAUUUGGGCACCUUGCUAGGGAUUGUCGAGCGGGAGUCAAGCAGGUGGCUCUGAGGGGUAAUAAUCCCAAUCAAAUACUAGCAAUUGGUGGAACUCAGAAUCAAGGAAAUAAUCAGGGACAGAGAGCUAGCAAUCAGAUUCAAGUGGUAGCUAUUGGAGGGUAUCGGACUCAAGGGAAUAAUGCCAACCAAGCCCGUGGGAGAGCAUUUGUCAUGGGAGCAAAUGAAGCUCGUCAAGACCCAAAUAUUGUGACGGGUACGUUCCUCUUAAACAAUCACUUUGCUACAACAUUAUUCGACUCUGGUGCUGAGUACAGUUUUGUUUCUACUAAGUUUAUGUCACACCUAAAUAUAGAGGCCAAUAGUUUGAAUACUUAUUACUUAGUUGAAGUAGCUAAUGGGAAGUUUGUUAGAGUCGAUAAAAUCGUUAGUGAUUGUGCCUUAGAAAUAGAGGGUCAUCUGUUCAGUAUUAACCUUCUGCCUUUCUCGCUAAGAAGUUUUGACGUAGUUAUUGGUAUGGAUUGGCUAUCGAAGCAUAGAGCCGAGAUAGUUUGCUAUGAGAAGGUGGUCCUUAUACCGUUAGGGAAUGGUGACAUGUUGCUUAUAUAUGGUGAGCGGGCGGAGGAAAAUCAGAAGCACCUCAUGGGAAUUCAGGCUAACAAGAAGAAACUCGAAGAUAUUCCUAUCGUACGGAAUUUUCCACAAGUUUUUCCCGAAGAUCUAACAGGAUUACCACCUAUAAGACAAGUCGAAUUCCGCAUAGAUCUCAUUUCCGGAGCGACCCCAGUUGCCAAAGCUCCAUACCGUUUAACACGUGAAAUGCAAGAGCUGUCAAAUCAACUCUAA